GUUUGGGCGGCGGUGCACUCGUGGAGAACUUCAGUCAGGGCCCCAACACUUCUGCCAUCUUCCGCAGCUGCCGGGCGGGACAAGGAGGCGGCCUCCGCGCCUAUGGCGGCUACCGCCAGGAAGCCGGGAGUUCGGUGCUCUUCGAGAACUGCUCGGCAGAUCGCGCUUUGGCCGUCGAGAACGUAGAUGAGCGUUGUGUCGGCGGCGGUGCAUCCGCGGAGAACUCCUUCACACAGGGCCCCAACACCUCUGCCACCUUCCGCAGCUGCCGGGCGGGACAAGACGGAGGCGGCCUCCACGCCAAAGGCGGCUACCAGCAGGAAGCCGGGAGUUCGGUGCUCUUCGAGCACUGCUCGGCAGAUCGUGACGGCGGUGGUGCACACGUGGAGAACCUCACACAGGGCCCCAACACCUCUGCCACCUUCCGCAGCUGCCGGGCGGGACAAGACGGAGGUGGCCUCGAUGCCUCGAACUACCAACAGGAAGCCGGGAGUUCCGUGCUCUUCGAGAACUGCUCGGCAGAGGGCCAUCAGAGUCGGGGCGGCGGCGGCGGUGCAUCCGUGAAGAACUUCACACAGGGCCCCAACAGCUCUGCCAUCUUCCGCAGCUGCAGGCCUUUUUUGCGAAUCGGGACAGUCCCUGCACUGAAACGUGUAGCAAAACUCAUGGUCUCGGAGAGAUGGCAUCCGGCUUGCAGUCUCCCAGACUUCGGAGACACCGGCCGCUGCGGCCACCCCACUCGCCUCCCAGAAUAUUUCCCAGGUGGCGGCCUCCAUGCUUCAAGCGGCUACCAGCAGGAAGCCGGGAGUUCGGUGCUCUUCGGGCACUGCUCAGCAAAACGCGCCUUGGCAGUCGAGGACGUAGAUGAGCUGACGUGGCUGAUCCGAACGCGGUGUGUGAAGAUGCAUGAGGUUCGAGUGCAUAGACGGGAUGGAGGCGGUGUUAUCACCGAACGCCUGGACGGCGACGGCUCAAUGCACUUCAAGGCAUGCCGCGCACACGCAGGACAAUUUGCAAAGCUGCUUCUGGAUGCCUGCGACGCUGACGUGGCCGCAGCCGCCUUCGCUGCAGUUGCAGACGAUGACACAGAAGCGGAAGUGCAAAUCGAGGAGCUCUCAUUGUUGAGGGACAGCAAAGGCGAUGUCAACGACUUCGCAGUUUCAGGCCUGUUGAAGAUUGGCUCCGCUCACCUGAGUACGGAGAGCUCCGAGAGCUCCGGCAUCUACAUCUCGGCACGUAAUCUCUCUCUCGAAGAGGCGAUGAACUGCACCAGUACCUCCUCUUGCACAUUCUAUGCGAAUGCCACCGCCACCCGAAAUACUGGCUUCCUUUGCCCUUUGGGCACGGGUGCGGUGGACUUCCAAGCCUUGCAUGAUUUCGGCUGCCUGGCAUGCAAGCCGGGGGACACACAGGUUCUGAACGUGACGAGCAGGCCGUGCAGUCAGUGCCCGGAAGGGGCUUUCAAAUGCCUGGCCGGCGAGCUGAAGAUGGAGCCCGGGCUAAUGGUGGAGCUGGAGGACGUGAACCGCAGCUUCCACUGCCCGAACGAGGCCGCUUGCCCUGGAGGCGAUGUAUCUCAGGGAAGGGUUCGCCAGGCAAUGUGCCAAGACGGCUAUCGGGGCCAAGGCUGCACGAGCUGCAGAGAGGAGUAUGCCAUUACGGACAGCAGCGUGUUCUCGUGCACCGCCUGCAGCGAAGACCGUCGUGUGCAGGCGGUUCAGUGGAUCACCUUCCUGUCUCAGCGCGCCUUCCUCUUCGCACUCGGGGCGCUCAGCGCCCUUGGAGCCAAGGACGCUGGGGACCUGAAGCAAAGCAGCAUCUACCUGAACCAGCUGAUGGCCUUCGCCACCAUUUCCAACACGAUGCUUGUCGGCAUAUCACGGGGCUUCAUGGGUUUUCGGCUUAAACCUUAA